AUGUACAACAACGUCCACCAAUCGGACGUUGUCAUCAGAUGUGGCAAUCGAGAGAUCCAUGCGCACAAGGCUCUCUUGAUGGCAAGAUCUGGCUUAUUCUAUACUGCUUUCAGCAGCAAGUUUCCAGUCGCACACGCGGGCACAUACAAAAUCGAGGGCCACGAGCCUGAGCUCGUCGACUGCAUGAUCCGAUUCAUCUGCGACGCACCCCUCGAUGAGGCCUACAAGGCGGCUUCGGGAUCUUUACACAACCGUGCUCUCCGACUGUUCAUGAUUACCAACGAGUACCAAGUUCCCGAAAUGGGACGAGUUCUCACCAGGUACCUGGUCGACUACUGCGACGGUCAUGUCAAACGCCUUCGCCGCAUCCUCGGUCAAGUCGCUGCGUUGUACCAAGACCAUGUAAUCGCCGACCGGUCUCUCAUCAACGGAGUCGCAGCUUUGUUGCGUACGGAGCAUUGCCGCAUACUCACAAGAAGUGUGCCAGAGGUCUUGGAGAUCCUCUAUGUCCAGCGAACGACACGUCUCGGCUUCAGGUCUUCGACCGCGACAUCGACGCUCUUCCCGCCCGUCUCAAUGGCCGACUACUUGCUGCGUGACCUCAAGGGCGAGCUCUACGACCCCGUGUUUGGGCGUAAGCUCAAGAAACCGCCCGUCGCACUUCCAAAUCGGCCGUUCAGGAGUAAGAAGAGCGAGCGUCGCUAG